UAUUAGUCUGUUCAUAAAUCAUUACCACUAACAACUAGAACGUGGUGUGUGGAGUUCUCUAUCCUACAGAGAACAUUUUAUCCAUGGAUUCUCCACUGGAAAUAUUGGAUUAUGACUCUCAAGACAAUAAUGAAAUGGCAAAUCAGCCAGCUGAAGAGAGGACUGGAUUGUUUCUCAAACAAUGGGAAUCCCAAGUGCGCCCCUACAUUGAAAUGAUUGACUACCUACGGCGUAUCGGCAUUGAGAAGGAUCUUGCCCUGCCCUCCAUUGCUGUUGUCGGAGACCAGAGUUCUGGGAAGAGCUCAGUUUUGGAAGCAUUGUCUGGCGUGGCUUUACCCAGAGGCAGUGGUAUCGUCACACGUUGUCCACUGGAGCUGAAACUGCGGAAGCUGAAUGAUUCCUCAAAAUGGACGGCUAUAAUCUCUUACCGAGAUGUGCAAGAGACAUUCAUGGAUCCUUCACAAGUUGAGGGUUACGUCAGGAGAGCCCAGAAUGUUCUUGCUGGAGAUGGUGUUGGGAUCUGUGAUGAACUCAUCAGUUUAGAGAUCAAGUCUCCUGACGUAUGUGACCUCACCCUAAUUGAUUUACCUGGUAUAACUAGAGUACCCGUGAAAGGCCAACCUGAAGAUAUUGGAGAUCAGAUUAGACGUCUUAUAUUGAAAUUUAUUGAGAAGAGAGAAACUAUUAAUUUGGUUGUUGUACCGUGCAAUGUGGACAUAGCAACAACCGAGGCACUGCGGAUGGCACAGGGUGUGGAUCCGAAUGGAACAAGAACUUUAGCAAUUCUUACGAAGCCAGAUUUGGUGGAUAAAGGGGCGGAAGCUGACAUUUUGCAGGUUAUGCAGGGUAAAGUUGUUCCUCUGAAAAAAGGUUACAUAAUGGUACGAUGUAGGGGUCAGAGUGACAUUAAUGAAAACAUCUCCUUGGCUGAGGCCACAAGACAGGAGACGGAGUUCUUCAGGACCCACAAUCACUUCAGCUAUCUUUUGGAAGAACAGAAAGUCACAACACGCUUCCUUGCUACCAGGCUCACCAAAGAGUUGGUUGAACAUAUCAGGUCAUCACUGCCAUCCCUCACAGAGCAGAUUCAAAUCCGCUUGUCUGCUGUUAGGCUAGAACUCAGGAGCUAUGGCCAAGGUCCUCCAUUAGAGCCAGAGAAGAUGGCGGCUUAUCUGAGUAAGAAAAUCUUGGAGUUCAGCGAUCAAGUCACUGAGCUCUGUCGGACCGGGGCAUCAGGAGAGGGAAACAUCUAUUCUCUCCUGCGACCUGUGUUCAAGCAAUGGGAAUGCCACCUGAGAGACUCCAAAGCAUUAUUGAGGGAUGAAGUGCGGGAGAUGACGGAAAACUAUGAGGCACAUCGUGGGAGAGAGCUGAUAACAUUCAGUGACUACUGUGUAUACGAAUCACUGAUUCAGAAGCAUGUAAACAAUCUCACACUACCAGCUAUAGAGACUCUGAAAACUAUUAGAGGCAUUGUGCAAAAUGAGUUCAGAACUCAGUGCGAGCUCUGCUUCCUAAAUUACCCUCAUCUGAGAUUUAUGAUAAUAAAUCAGAUUGAUGACAUUCAGUCACAGCAGGAGGCAAAAGUGGAGAAGAGGAUCAUGGAGUACAUCAGCAUGGAGAAACUCGUGUUUACCCAGGACCCCAUUUUCAACCAGAAGAUGGUCGACUUCCGUUUCGUUGAGCAGAGGCAGGAGUACGAGUCUGUGUGUUUAGAUACUGGAGAGAAUGCAACCUCUCCCAACAACUGUGCUGUCUUUGACACCAGAAAACUAACACCUGAAAAAUGGAUAAUAUACUAUGAGAUUGUCUACCAGCGUCUGGCAGAUUUUGUUCCCAUGUUGAUUCUGCUGUUUAUGUUGAAAGAAGCGGUCGUAAUGUUGCGGGCAGAGUCCAUGGGCCUGCGUAAUGGGGCUGAUGUGGCUAAACUGCUCAGUGAAGACUCGGAGUCAGGACGAAAGAGAACAGAGUUACAUCAGCGCAUGGAACGACUACGGAUGGCCCAGGAGAGGAUCACCAUUAACCUCUGAAAUUUUGCAUUUUUAACUCUUAUCUAAAAACAUACAUACAUAUUAAUUAAUAAUGUUUUCAAAAUAGUCUGGCUUUAAACACACUUUUAGGAUACUGUGUGGAAUGUUCUUUUUUAUCCCAACAAUCUUGACAAUUGACAUGUCUCUUGAAAUAAAAUGGAACGGGACAAAGAA